ACGCACGACCCGCGCUUCCGCGUCGGGGGAGCGGGCGGCGGAUCCCGGGACGCGGAGACCCGGGGUCCCGGCAGCUGGGUGGCCUGCGGGCCACGGCGGGGAUGCACCGCCGCGGGGUGGGCGCUGGCGCCAUCGCCAAGAAGAAGCUUGCCGAGGCCAAGUAUAAGGAGCGAGGGACUGUCUUGGCUGAGGACCAACUGGCCCAGAUGUCAAAGCAGUUGGACAUGUUCAAGACCAACCUGGAAGAAUUUGCUAGCAAGCACAAGCAGGAGAUCCGGAAGAAUCCCGAGUUCCGGGUGCAGUUCCAGGACAUGUGUGCCACCAUUGGGGUGGAUCCUCUGGCCUCUGGAAAAGGAUUUUGGUCUGAGAUGCUAGGCGUGGGAGAUUUCUAUUACGAGCUGGGUGUCCAGAUUAUCGAAGUAUGCCUGGCCCUGAAGCACCGGAAUGGAGGUCUGAUAACUCUGGAAGAACUACAUCAACAGGUGUUGAAAGGCAGGGGCAAAUUCGCCCAGGAUGUCAGCCAAGACGACCUGAUCAGGGCCAUCAAGAAACUAAAGGCCCUUGGCACCGGCUUCAGCAUCAUCCCUGUGGGCGGCACGUACCUCAUUCAGUCUGUUCCAGCCGAGCUCAAUAUGGAUCACACUGUGGUGCUGCAGUUGGCAGAGAAAAACGGCUACGUGACUGUCAGUGAUAUCAAAGCCAGUCUUAAAUGGGAGACCGAGCGAGCGCGACAAGUGCUGGAACACCUGCUGAAGGAAGGGCUGGCUUGGCUGGAUCUGCAGGCCCCAGGAGAGGCCCACUACUGGCUACCGGCUCUCUUCACGGACCUCUACUCCCAGGAGAUUACAGCUGAGGAGGCCAGAGAAGCCCUCCCCUGACUGGGAAUGCAGAAGGGGGCACAGCAGCAGGCACGGAGAAGAGGGAGGAGCUGGUGGUAAAUAAAACCUGGACAACUAUGUUUUAAGAAAAAAAAAAUUCCGAGUUU